UAUCACUGCUUCUAUAUGCUCUGUGCUGCGACAGAAAAGGAUGUUGAAAAAUACAAACUGAAGAAUCCAAGGGAAUUCCAUUAUUUGAACCAGUCUAAUUGCUAUGAAUUGGAUGGUGUUGAUGAUUCCAAAGAGUAUCUUACUACAAGGAGGGCAAUGGAUAUAGUUGGAAUCAGUGAUGAGGAGCAGGACGGAAUUUUUCGAGUUGUGGCUGCAAUUCUUCAUUUGGGCAACAUUGAGUUUGCGAAGGAAAGUGAUGGUGAUGCUUCUCAUCCCAAGGAUGAUCAAUCACGAUUCCAUCUUAAAACCGUUGCAGAGCUGUUGAUGUGUGACGAACAAUGUCUUGAAGACUCCUUGUGCAAACGCGUAAUGGUUACUCGUGAUGAGACCAUAACAAAAAGCCUCAAUGCGACCGACGCUGCAGUCAGUAGGGAUGCUUUGGCUAAAAUUGUCUAUUCAAGAUUGUUCGACUGGUUAGUUGAUAAGAUCAACAAUUCUAUUGGACAAGAUUCUACUUCAAAACUCUUAAUCGGACUGCUGGAUAUUUAUGGCUUCGAGAGUUUCAAUACAAACAGUUUUGAGCAAUUUUGCAUAAACUUAACUAAUGAGAAACUGCAGCAACAUUUCAAUCAGCACGUUUUCAAGAUGGAACAAGAAGAAUAUACAAAAGAAGAGAUCGACUGGAGUUACAUAGAUUUCGUAGAUAACCAAGAUAUUCUUGAUCUUAUAGAAAAGAAACCAGGUGGCAUCAUUGCUCUCCUUGAUGAGGCUUGUAUGUUUCCAAGAUCUACGCAUGAGACAUUUGCGGAGAAGCUGUACCAGACAUUCAAAGAUCACAAGCGUUUCAGCAAGCCAAAGCUGUCGCGCACUGGUUUCACCAUAUGCCAUUAUGCGGGUGAGGUUACGUACCAGACGGAACUUUUUCUGGAUAAAAACAAAGACUAUGUUAUUUUUGAGCAUCAGAAUCUCCUUAGUAAUUCAAGUUGCACCUUUGUCUCUAGCCUCUUCCCACCUUUACCCGAAGAAUCUUCUAAAUCAUCAAAAUUUUCAUCAAUUGGUUCUCGAUUCAAGGUCCUAUUCUAUGUACUCUUAACAUAUUCAGAGCUACAUUGUUUCUGUAUAUCUGGUUUCACCCCUUUCUUUUAUUUUAUGCAGCAACAACUGCAAUCUUUGCUUGAGACUCUUAGUGCAACAGAACCUCAUUAUGUUCGCUGUAUAAAACCUAAUAACUAUCUGAAGCCUUCAAUCUUUGAGAAUAGUAAUGUUCUACAGCAACUCCGUUGUGGGGGCGUUAUGGAGGCAAUCAGGAUCAGUUGUGCCGGAUAUCCCACUCGAAAGACUUUUCAAGAAUUUAUAAACCGUUUCAAAAUUCUUGAUCCUAGUGCAUCAAAUGGAAGUUGCGACGAAGUCACUGGUUGUAAAAAGCUUUUGCAGAAAGCUGCUCUUGAAGGUUAUCAGAUUGGCAAAACUAAAGUGUGUCUCAGAGCUGGUCAGAUGGCAGAACUAGAUUCUGUUCGUAACCAGGUCCUUGGGAUAUCAGCAAGCGUAGUCCAGACAAAAUUUCGUUCAUUCUUUGCGCAUAAAAAUUUCAUUAUAUUACGAAUGGCAGCCAUACAAAUCCAAGCUCUGUGCAGAGGGCAAGUUGCAAGGUGUAUUUAUGAGCGUAAGAGGAGAAAGAUUGCUGCUACAACCAUCCAAAAAGGUGGAAGGAUGUUUAUGUUUAGGAAGACUUUUGCAAUUCUAUCGUCUUCUGCAAUUGUUAUCCAAGCAGGAGUUAGAGGAAUGGCUGCUCGCAGUGAGCUUCUAUUUAGAAGGAGAAAUACAUCAGCUAUUCUUAUCCAGAAACACUCCAAAAGAUACUUGGCCAGCCAUCAUUUCUCGCGCUUGAAGGGGGCAUCGAUUUCAAUGCAGUGUGCUUAUAGAGUAAUUAAAGCUCGCAAAGAACUACGGCUACUUAGAACGGCUGCAAAGGAAACUGGUGCACUUCAAGAAGCCAAAGAAAAGCUAGAAAAGCAGGUUGAAGAGCUGACUUCAGAGUUGGAGUUGGAGAAGCGCCAGCGACAUGACAUCGAGGAAGCCAAAAAUCGUGAAAUUGCAAAAUUACAAUCUGCUUUGGCGGAAAUAAGAACGCAAGAUCCUGAAGCUCUAGAGAAGGUAUCCGCGCAUGUUCCUGCUGCAGUAUCCGAGCAAGUUUCUCCAGCAGUAUCCGAGCAAGGUCCUCCUGUAAAAGAUGGCUCAGUAAUUGAUAAUGAAGCAGUUCAGAAAUUAACUGCUGAAAAUGAAAAGCUGAAGAUUUUAGCUAUGGAGGCAGAGACAGAUAUAGUUAAGCUGAAGACAGAUAUCCAGAGACUUGUAGAGAAAAUUUCUGACAUGGAAACAGCAGAAAAGAAUCUCCGCCGACAGGCUUUAAUGAAUAAUCCUUCAGGAAAACUAUCUGGACAUUUACCUCCAACUACUCAUCAGGGGGAGAAUGGGCAGCAUGAACUUUUGAGCGCAGCACCCAGUAAAAGAUUCGGUACAGAAGCCGAUAGUGCACUGAGGAAAUCUAUCAUCGAAAGGCAACGUGAGUCCGUAGAUACUCUUAUUAGGUGCGUCAAAAAAGACGUUGGUUUCAGUGAAGGAAAACCAGUUGCUGCACUUACAAUUUACAAAUGCCUGUUCCAUUGGAGAUCUUUUGAAGCUGAGAGAACUAAUGUUUUUGAUCUGCUUAUUCAGAUUAUUGGUUCAGCAAUAGAGGAUGAGGAAAACAACUGUCAUAUGGCUUACUGGCUUUGCAACACAUCUACACUACUGUUUUUACUCCAACGAACCCUUAAAUCUCCUUCUUCAUCUCAACCUCCUCAGCCAACCUCAUUUUUCGGAAGAAUGGCUCAAAGUUUCCGGGGGUCCCCAUCCUUCGCCAACAUUUCUAUAGGUGGGAUUGAUGGAAUAAAACUGAUUGAAGCCAAGUAUCCAGCUUCACUUUUCCAGGAGCAGCUGACUGCUUAUAUUGAGAAGAUUUACGGUAUUACUCGAGAUAAUGCGAAGAAGGAAUUGACACCAGUUCUUUCUUCAUGUAUCGAGGCACUCAAAAAUUCCCCGAGUGAAUCUGCUGGUGAAUGUGCUACUAGGAACUGGCAAAGCGUCAUUGAUUGUUUAAACGGGCUUCUAAGUACACUGAAAGAUAAUUUCGUUCCACCAGUUCUUGUGCAGAAAAUCUUCGAGCAGCUUUUCGCUUAUAUAAACGUUCUGCUGUUUAAUAGCCUUCUUAGCCAUAAAGAGUGUUGCACGUUCAACAGUGGGGAAUAUGUAAAGACGGGGUUAACAGAAUUUGAACUUUGGUACGGGGACACCCACGAGUAUGCAGGCUCAUCACUGGAAGAACUAAAAUAUGUGCAGCAGGCUGUAAAACUUCUGAUCAUGCAACAGAAAGCGGAACUAACCUAUGAUGAUCUUACAACUGAACUUUGCCCUAUACUGAGCAGUCAGCAGCUUUAUAGAAUAUGUACUAUUUUUGGCGAUGAUAAUGAAUCAGAUAAUCUACCUCCAGAAAUACUUUCUAAGCUAAAGACACUUGCAGAGGAGGACUCUACCAAUCCUGGUAGUGACUCGUACCUGUUGGAGGAUAAUUCCAGCAUCCCGUUGCCGGUUGAAGAACUCCGCAGUUCCCGCCAAGAUUUAAAUUUCAAAGGCGUAAAACCACCCGAAGAACUUCUUGAAAAUCCAGCCUUUGAGUUCUUACAGGGUUAAGGCUGUGGUUAUAUUUAUCCACUUUGUUGAUACCAUGAUGUAUACAAACCUGCUUCUUCUUGUCUCAUCACAUCCCCAGCUAGAUUUUGGUGUAGAAUUUGUAGAAUUCAUAGGUAGAGAGUCGGAUAAAGGGGAAGUGUGAGUUUUUUCCAGUUAGUUGUUUUUUUGGUACCUUAAUUUGGGGCUAUAUUGUGCCAAACCUUUCUAAAAAUUACAGGCAGAAAUGAUAGUGAACAUGUUUAUUGUUCAAUAGUGAAAAAGGUUGAUGUUCUGGUGUCCUUAA